UCAGCAGACAUAAACAACGCAGUGCAUUGUGGGAUUUUAGGACACGGAAGCUUCGGCAGAGACGGUUUGACGGGUGUUUGUUUGGCGGUUUUGUUUACUAAAGUGAAAUGGUGAAUGCUUGUUGCGUUAUCAAGUGCCACAAUCGCUCCCACGACCGGAGGGGGAAACGUAUUUCAAAUGGAGUGCGUUUUUUCAGCUUCCCAGCUUGGAAGCAACACGGAGGAUCACAGCUCGCAGAGCUAACAAAGAGACGCCGCAUAGCAUGGGUGGCUGCUGUAAGACGCAAAAACAUAACCUUCAGCAGUAUUUCCCGACACAUGUUUGUGUGCUCACGACAUUUCCACACAGGGAAGCCAGCCUAUGAAUAUUUAGAGUGCCAUCCUGACUGGGUACCUUCUUUACAUCUUGGGCACACAGAAGUCAAAGCGACGCACACUGAACGAUUUAGCCGUAGGACAAAGAGACAGCAAGCUGUCACAGGGGACAACACUGUACCUUCAGUCCCACCGGAUCUAGUUGGUCUGACAAAGAUGGAUGAAACCCCAGGUGUAGAUGCAAAGAGGCCAGAGGUGGAUGAAGCUGCACCGGGGUCAGAGGUGGAUGAAGCUGCACCGGGGUCAGAGGUGGAUGAAGCUGCACCGGGGUCAGAGGUGGAUGAAGUUGCCUCCAAGGAUAAUGCUGAAGGCCAGCUCGAAUGUGGAUUUUGCAGCCACAGAAAUGACGAAAUUAACCGCUUGCUGGAGGAGAAUAGGAAACUGAAGGAAGAGCUGUCCCGAAAGAAAAUGGAUGAGCAAUUCUUUCAUGAUGAUGUGAUGGUCAGGUAUUAUACUGGGCUUCCGUGUUUUGCUGUUUUGAAGGGUGUGCUGACUCAGCUUCUUCCCUGUCUCCCACAGACAGGCCGAAAACUUUCACAAUUUCAGAUGCUGAUCCUUACUCUAAUGCGCCUGAGGCUAAAUCUGCCAAUCCAACACAUUGCACACCUCUUCUGCAUUGACCGAAAGAAGGUCUCCACCACAUUUAGAGAUACCAUAGGUGUAAUGUUUACACACCUCAGCCCUUUGGUGCACUGGCCAGAGAGACACUGCUUGCAAGGCAGCAUGCCACAUCAGUUUGUGGAGGCUUUUGGCAAUCGUAUUGCAGUCAUUGUGGAUUGCUUUGAAAUUAACAUUGAGAGAGCAUCAAAUCUGAAAGCUAGAGCACAAACAUUUUCCCAUUACAAACACAAGCACACUCUAAAGUAUCUCAUUGGCAUCACACCACAAGGAGCUGUCUCUUUCAUUUCCAAAGGUUGGGGAGGUCGUGCGAGUGACAAGCAUGUGACUGAAAACAGUGGCCUUCUUCAAAAACUACUGCCUGGAGACUUGGUUUUGGCUGAUCGUGGAUUUGACAUCAGGGACAUUGUUGGACUAAUGUGUGCAGAAGUAAAAAUCCCCACGUUCACAAGAGGUCGCUGCCAGCUGGACGCAAAAGAUGUUGAGGAGACACGGAAGAUAGCUCACCUUAGGGUCCAUGUGGAGAGGGUGAUUGGAUGUGUACGUACAAAAUACACCAUACUAAGUGGGAACAUACCACUGAGCAUGGUGCUCCCUUGUGAAGGUGAGGACAUGGUUUUACUGGACAAAGUUGUGUCUGUGUGCUGUGCUUUGACUAAUAUGUGCCCCAGUGUUGUUCUGAAACCAUGAAAAACUUGUGAAAUGAAUAUGCAAUUUUUGCAACAUAAAGGCAUUAUUCAUGAUGCACACUGUAAAUAAAUAACAAAACUACUUCA